AUGAGUUCCGGCGAUGAGUUCCAACAAUUGGUGGAUAGGGAGUUCGAUGAACUCGUUCAAGAGGUGCAACGGGAAGCAGAAGAGGAGGAGGCGGCGGCGGCGUUCGUUCGCCCAUUCUAUCAUCGGCGGACCAUCUGGCGUGACCAUGUCGGGGCACACCAGCGGUUGGUAGAAGACUACUUUGGCGAUAACCCCCGUUACCCAGCAGAGAUUUUCCGUCGCCGCUUCAGAAUGUCGCAACGGCUAUUCAUCCAUAUAGCGAAUACAUUGGCGCAGCGGUACAGGCAGUUUGCCUAUGCCGGACCCGCUGAUAUGUUCGACGAAUACCUACAGUUGGGUGAAACAACUGCUCUGACGGCGCUGAGGCAGUUUUGUAAUUGUAUCCAGACCAUCUUCGGUCCGGAGUAUCUACGGAAGCCAAAUGCCGAUGAGUGCCAGAGAUUGAUAGAUAUGCACGGGCGAGUGCAUAAUUUUCCGGGGAUGAUGGGCAGCAUCGAUUGCAUGCACUGGGAGUGGAGGAACUGUCCGGUUGCUUGGAAGGAGCAGUUCACAUCUGGAUUCAAAGGAAGACACCCAACAAUGAUAUUGGAAGUUGUUGCUGACUACCGAUUGCGAAUCUGGCAUGCCUAUUUUGGUGUCGCAGGGUCGAACAACGACAUCAAUGUACUAGAUUCGUCCCAUCUCUUCAAUGAUGAGUGUCGGGGUGAGGGUCCGACGGUCAGAUUCAUGGCCAACGGGACGCAGUACAACAGGGCAUACUACUUAGCCGAUGGGAUAUACCCUCGUUGGCCCGUGUUUGUCAAGACGAUCCGGCAGCCGGUUGGGCCGAAACAAUCCUAUUUUGCGGCCAAACAAGAGAGUGCUAGGAAGGACGUUGAGCGUGCUUUUGGUGUCCUCCAAUCGCGAUGGGGCAUUCUUCGGUGCCCGAUUCGACAAUGGCACGAAAAUGAUGUCGCCUCCAUCAUGUAUGCAUGUAUCAUAUUGCACAAUAUGAUAAUAGAGGACGAAGGAUAUUCUGCAGAGAACUGGGCACCGGAAGAGGGUGCAAGUACGAGUCACGGUGUUGCAACCGCCCCACUGCAGAUGGGUGUACCGCGUAGUGAUGCAUACUUGAUCCAACGGUUCGCCAAUAUGCGGAGGGAAACAUCACAUACGACACUGCAGGCUGAUAUGGUAGAAGAGGUUUGGAAUCGUAGGGGAGGAGGGCGUAGAGCGUGA